AUGUCCGAGGCCAGCUCAUACCAUCAUGACUACCACGGUCAUCCAGACACGCGCUACUAUGCUGAUCCCGGGGAGCACCCAUCUAGCUCCGUACACAGAAACAGAUACAGUACUGGUCCCAGGCGAGUGCGAGACGUAUCCUGGAUCAGCCAACAGCCUCCAUCUCCAACUAAUGACCCGUAUGCGCGAUGGCACCCGCCUUCAUCCGACCCUAUAGACUUCCCCACACCUGUAUUUCCAGACCAACCGCUCCCCAUGGCACAUUCCUCCCCCAUGAUGGGACGUGCUCCAUCGCCUGGCAUGAGAAUGCCUUCCCCGAUGAUCGGAGAAUACAUGACUGUGGAGGACCCUGAGUAUGAUGAGGAAGAGUUACCGGAGGACAACGAGGAGGUUGACUUUGAUUUCUCUAACGCUCCUCAACACCACACAGACGGGCUGAAAGGUGCACGGCGCUGGGUCGGGGGCUUCGUCAAAGGCCUCCGCAAGUUCCCUGGACUGCGCAAGCACCCGCACAGACCAUCACCAUCGAAUGACUUUGUACCGCCGUCACUUGGUGCUCAUCAUGACGAUGAUGUGCAAUUUCCAACUAUAGCGAGCCUGCGUUUGCGCCCACUCACACCCACUGGAAUAGCGCAGACCGCAGAGUUGAUGAACAUGCCCCAACCCCCGUUGUACCCGCAACCAUCGCCACAGCAUCAUGCAUAUCAGCAACAGCCACAUGUGCAUAGACCACCUCCCCCAGCAGCGUCAUCGCCAGUGUAUGCUCCUGGAGCGGAUGCUGUCCCUCAAGUCCUCUCAACAGUUGAUGAGCGCUCAAGUGAGCAAACUGGAACACACGAGACACAUCCGCACCCACAUUUCUCCGCUGACCAUACUCAUUCUCCCCGUACUCAUACGCAUGCCCAGCCACAUUCACGUUCACAUUCGCGUUCACAUUCAAAUUCCCAUUCGCAUUCACGUUCGCAUUCAAAUUCCCAUUCCCAAUCUCAUUCUUUAACUGUUCAACCUGUCCACCCCAACACAACCUUCACCGUGACUGACUAUGUCACUGUUCCCUCGCCUCGGCAGUUCACUCCUCCCCGACCUACGCCCAUCAAGCGCUUUCUACAUAACCUCGACCAGCUCCCCUGGGUUGAGCACGAGCAAAUCGUCGAUGCCUACUUCCCCGGCCGUUCCUCCCGCCACCGCCGCCACCCAGAAUCGCCCGUGUAUGAAGGAAAAAAACCUGUAGCAUCGUGGUACAACAAGCGGCAAAAUUCCCUCCCGCAGGGGAUGGGUGUUGGACCGAGCAGCGCGUCCCUAUUGUAUGGAUGGCCGCCACAGAUGCAAAAGGCUUACUCGCACCAGGGAAUGGUUCAUCCACAGUUCCCAAACGGGUAUGUACCUGUACAGCCCGCGUUUGUAUACCCUGCUACUACCUUCUCUCUACCGCCGAGGAUGUAUUAG